AUGCCCAUCCCCCCCCCACCCCAAGCCUCGUUCAACCCCAACGACGACUCCGUCCGCAGGUGCCAGGUGCCGAAGAUGUGCCGCAUCACCGACAGAGGCACGAUCAUUAACCCCAACAGCAGAGUGGCACUGAUGGGUUCCUGCGCCGACCUGUGUUGGGGGAACCUCCUGUUCUCCUACAAGAUAUAUGCCGUGAGAGGAGGGGAGCCGGAGCGGAUUGAGAACGACCUCGACUACAUGAUCGGUCACACGAAACCCAACAUGGUCAUCGUCAAACAACUCUUCCUAGACUUUCCCGACGUCUUAGAAUUCCACAUCAAGAUGAACGUCGUGAGAGUGAUGGACGGCGAGGUCGGCGUCGGCACCAUGUUCCUGCUGAUCAACACGCCGCCGGAGGGAGGAACCUGCACGCUCACGCCCCCGCCCAACAGGGUGCUGGUCGUCGACGAGACCACGCCCGUAGAUCCGGAGACAGGCUUUCUUCUCCGCAACGGACGAACACUCACAGAGGACUUCUACGGCGAAUGUAAGGAUUUCUACGACAUGCAGAAGGACAAGAUCGCCAAAUAUAGCUUCUUUUUAAAGAACAACGAAUGGGGUUACAUCAAGAACCUCAAGUUCGGCAUCGACAACAAGGACAAAUUUGUCUUCCCUUUUGGUAACUGGACUUUUUGGGUAACGAUCGAGGAUGAGUUCGGAGCUGCCAGAGAUUACUUUAUUGCUGCAUUCUCGACCUCACUUCCUUCGAGACUCGAGUACGAAGCUUGGACAGACAAGAAGGAGAUAUUACGAGCAUCUGGAGAGGGAGAUCAGGCCAGGCUCAACCAGCUACUCCAGGCCAGGACCUCCAUCAAGGGCUUGGUGCUCGAGGAUGAACCUUGGGAGACGACCACAACGACCCCGGAACCGACCUACGCCCCCGACGAGCUCUUCGAGACAACCACGAUGGACCCUGAGGAACUCGCGAGGAUCAGGGCGGAGCAGCAGGCCAAGCUGGACGCGGAACUGACCGAAAGCGCCGAGGAGAUCAAUUCCAUGAUGACCCAGCUGGAGAUGAUCAACACCGACACCCUCUCGGACUGCACGCAACUCUUCUCGACCGUGUCCUCUAUCGUCGGGGAUGGGAAGACGGUCGAUAUUAAGGGCAAGGAUCUGGCUACGCAACAGGUGACAGGUUCUUGCCUCACAAAGGUGUUGCUCAACAUGACCAUCAGCGAUCCAGCGGAACCUGAGGCGUUUGUGAGCAACAGUAUGCAGUCUAUAUCUUCUAUGACUACGGGCACGUCAGACAAAGUUCUCGAGGACAACAUCCUGCCGACGGACCUGAAAGCGUCUGUCGAGGGCGAGUAUUCCGAGUACGAGAACAUCGACGCCACCCUCGAGGAGCUAGGGAUUACGUUGGAGGAGGACCCUGUGGCGGAGGAGGAGGUCCUGGACGACGGACUGACCGAUGAACAGAGAGAAAUGCAGGAGAAGAAGAAACUCGCGCUAAAGGUCCAGAAAUACCGCGCCGUGACUCAAGUCCAGAAGAUGCUCGCGGCCGUGGAGCAAAUGCAGACGAAGCUACUGCAGGUUGUCUUCCCCGGAGAAAAGCCCAUUUUUGUGAACACGGAGGACGGGCUCGAGAUGACGAUGGUGAUGAUGGAGGCAAAGGAUUUAGCGGGGUACCAGCUGUGGCAGGGGGGAGGCGUCUACGAGUUCCCUGACAUCUGCGACAUCCUGAAGGAGGAGAAAGUGGAGACGGGGAAUUGCUCGUCGACGGAGACCGGGAAUUAUACCGUGGGAAUCCAAGCUGUGGCCUGGCCGGUUAUUGUGCAGUCCUUCGGAGACGGCGCCAAGGAGAAGCUGAGUCGAACCACCAAGACGAUGCAGAUUCGACUCGUUCAGCGAAUAUCCGAAACCGAGAUCGAAGUCAUACCCGUGGAGGACCUGGAACCCGAAAACGAAAUCAAAAUCUACGUGCCGAGAGGAGGGAGGAAGAGAGAAGGGCCGAGGUUAACGGAACCGACCUUCGUGGACCCCAACCACUACCUCGAACUCGGCGUGGAGGACGAGAGUAUGCUGUGCACCUCCUUCAACGUGAGUCGCGAGUGGUCUUCCAUCAACGUCGAGAUCACAGUGCAGAAUCCAGAGGCCAAUCUCGUCGUCUUCAUAAGGCGUCUGGAAAUGCCGACGCUGACUGAAUACGACCUGGUUGUGAAUUUGGAGGACAUCACGCGGGUUCGCAACGUGACAGAACCCAGGCUGGAACCGUACGAUCCCUUUGGAAACGACACUAAUUCCUACAUGUACGAUAUCGUUGUUUUAGUUUGCCUGAUGUACGAUGAUGAAGGUCGAGUAUGUACGAUAUUUCUUGUGUACUUUUUUGUAUGUACGGGUAUUUCUUUCUUUGUUGCCAGAUGUACAGUAAUUAACCGCGUGUAUGUACGAUAUUUUUUUGUGUGUAUUUUUGUCAGUUGUAUAAUAAUCUUCCCACUCUAUGACGUGUAUCUUGAGGAUGAAUUCGUGACAAACCAGACGGGUUUAUAUUACGUCUGUCUCUCCGAAUUCGCUAAUUACACGGACGAGGAGGGCUUCUGGGCAGACAGCGGGGCCUUCAACCUCACUCUGGCCAACAUGACGAAGGUGUGGAGCACGAACUACACCGUCAGGAUGUACACUUCGUCUUGUCUUUUCUUCAAGGAGGACACCAUGUCUUGGGACAGGAACGGGUGCAGGGUGCGUGGCGGCGAGGAUUUAUGA